AUGGUAUCUCGCCAUAAUUACCCGGAUUGGUUACUCUCAGCCGUAUACGCGAGUUCUAAUGUGACCCAGCGGGAGGUGCUCUGGAGACAUUUGGAAAGCACUGUCCAGAAUAACCAAGGCUCGUGGCUUCUUGCUGGCGACUUCAAUGACUUUAGCCAUCAGAAUGAGAAACAGGCAUUUUCUGACCAGAACUCUAGUAAUGCCGCACAAAGUCAAAGACGCAGCAGGCAAUUUGUGGAACGAAUUAACAAAUGUAGCUUAAUGGAUCUUGGCUGUGUUGGGCCAAGACUUACCUGGUCUAAUAAUCGUAAGGGAUGGGCAAACACUAUGGUUCGUCUAGAUCGAGCUCUGUGUAACUCGGAAUGGCACACCUUAUUUCCUGAUGGUUGUGUUCGCAACUUACCUUGGACCUAUUCGGAUCACUCCCCGUUAAUGGUAUACACCCAAGGUAUGCACCCCCUUAACUCCUCUGCUAAACCCUUUAGAUUUGAGGUUGCAUGGAUUUCCCAUGAGGAAUUCAGGGCUGUGGUGGCUGAUAGCUGGGUUUUCUUGAACCCAUCCAUCUCCUUAUCCCUGGAAACUCUAGCUCAAAAAGCCUCGGCCUGGAAUAAGCAUGUUUUUGGUAACAUCUUUAGAAAUAAAAGAUGGUUGAUUGGGCGCGUUGAAGGGAUUCAAAAAUCCCAAGCUCGGUACUAUUCUCAUAACCUUCAUCUCCUUGAGAUGGAGUUGGUGUCCCAAUAUAACCAUACUCUUUAUCAAGAAGAACUUUUAUGGUUUCAAAAAUCCCACUCUAAAUGGAUCACUCAAGGAGAUCGUAACACCAAAUACUUCCACCUCACCAUCAUUGCUAAGAGGAGGAAACUGAAGAUCGAUGUGCUCAAAUCUGACAGUGGGGAUUAG